AUGGCUCAAGACCAGGCCAACAAGUCUUUUUGGCUUGCAUACUGCGAUGCCAUCAAAUCUCAACUUGGAGACAAGACCGGCGAGCAUACAUCCUACUUCUUCAGCACCAGAGCUCAGCGUGGACCACCCGCUGGACCGGCGAGUCUGAUCGAUCCGAUGUACGCCAACAUGGGUAUCUACGAGAUCGGCGACAGUCAACUGUACACCGACAACUUGUUCUACGCCCCUACCAAGUCGAAGUCAUACUCUCGUGCGCUCCUGGCAUACAUGGAACAUGUUGACCUUGGCGAAGCACCCACUUCUACUAACAAGCUGAACUUGGCCACAGCAAUGCUCAACCAGACGUCAGCGAAAGAAGCAUUUGAUGCCGCAACAGAGAAGGCACAAGCAGCGUGGGACAAACUCAAGGAGAAACCAGAGUUCAUGGUUCCGGGUGACACAUGGUUCACCUGGAAGAGCCGUGAGCAAAAGCAGCUCAACUCGCUAGAGUCGAAGUACAACAGCUCCGUAUCUGCUUUCGACUCUGCUACUCGAGAUGUCUUCGGUGACAUGGCAAACUCGUACAUCCAGGACAAGCAGCGAAUUCGAGACGCUAUAUACGGUGUUACACCGUCCCCAGGCCCAUUCAGCUCCAACAUGCCCGUUACGACGCUUGGAGCUCAGGAUGCCGACGCCAUUGUGAGGCAACUUGAGAAGGACGGCGUCGUGGCACCACCCAAACAUGACUACUACGUCCCACUGUACUCCGCCCCAGAGUACGCCGGGCAAGUGGCAGAUUGGUUGAGCAUGGCGAAGAAGGAGAACAAGCCGCGCGGUGAAGCAACUAUCGACGUCAACAAAGGCAGCAAGGUGGACGAGAAGAGCUUCACGCAUACCAGUGGAGGCGGUGGCGUGUCAGUUGACUACGUUCCCUGGAUCUCACUGGGUGUCAACGCCAGCGUGGACAAUAAAGAGAGCUCCAUGUUCACUCACGAGGACCAACUCAAGACUACCCUCACUAUGUCUUGGGACGACCAGUUCCGAGCGAUCAACGUUAACUCUGGUUCAUGGGACAUCCGAGGCAAAGAUGCCUACAAGCUCAAGAGCGGCGCCCCGGAGGAAGUCAAGGGCCUGGCUCGCGUCGUACAGUUCGUCAUCGUCUCGAACCUCGCCUUCGAAGUUCAGUUCUCCGGCAACACGAUCAAGGAGUUUGACAAGCAGGUCUCAAGCGCUGCAUCCGGUGGCGGAAGUAUUCGUCUCUUCGGCAUCCCCAUUGGCAUCAAUGCGCAUGGAUCGAAGGAUAAGAGUGACACUACACACAGGGCCGAUUGGGACUCCGCCUCGGGAAAGCUUUCUAUCAAGCCUACACCCGACGGAGGCUUCGCUAGCAUCAUUGCAGUGAUUGGAGAGAAGGUUUGA